GCACACCUGCCGCCCAAGACUAAGAAGUGACAUCAUGUCUUGAUGUUUGGGUUGAAUGAAAACUGUCAGGCCUUAGUCUGCCAACACCGUGAACAUACCUGGUCUGAAUGAGAAGCCGUUCUUUCAUUCUGCCAGUAUAUGUGAACAGGUCCAAGUUGCCACUCAAAGGUGCAAAGAACAAAAGGCCAAAGAGGAAGACCUGCCAUUGUACUUCUCUGAAAAGAGAAAAUGGUGCAUGGACUGACAACUUGCAGCCAGUGACGUGCGGUGAGGUUGACAGCUGCGGAGGCUCUGCCUCACCUGCCUCACCUGACCGCACGUCACUGCUUGCAGCCCAGUGACAUCAGACACAAAUUGCCAGUGUGGUUCAACAGGGAUAACCUUUAGAAAGGAAGCCUGGUGCUACACUGGAGCCUCCGCCUUCAGAGCUUCUCUCCUCUGGAUCUUAUGGCUGAAAUGCUGAAUCCGCUGGGCCUGCUGACUAUGCCCCGGAGCCCCACCUCCAGUGAGGAUGAGAUGGCCCAAAGCUUUUCUGACUACUCCGAUGACUGUGCCUCCGACAGCUCCCGCGAAGAGACCGUUUACGAGACUAUAAGGGCCACUGCUGAGCCACCGCUGAGCCACAUGGACGACAUUCACAUCAACUCGCUGGUCAUCCGUGUCAUCAUCCCUGACCUGCAGCAGACAAAAUGCAUGCGGUUCAACCCGGAUGCAACAGUCUGGAUUGCCAAGCAGCGGAUCCUCUGCACGCUUAACCAGAGCCUGAAAGACGUGCUCAACUAUGGGCUUUUUCAGCCACCCAGCAAUGGGAGGGAUGGCAAGUUCCUGGACGAGGAGCGCAUCUUUCGAGAGUACCCGCAGCCAAUCACCAAGGGCGUCCCAUCUUUGGAGUUUUGCUACAAGAGCCGGGUCUACAGGCAACCCAAUGUGGACGAGAAACAGAUCGCCAAACUUCAUACAAAAGCCAAUCUGAGGAAGUUCAUGGACCUCAUCCAGCAUAAUCAGGUGGACAAGGUGUCUAAGUUUUUGGAGAGAGGCCUGGAUCCCAAUUACCAUGACAGUGAGAAUGGUGAGAGCCCGCUGACACUUGCAGCCCAACUGGACGAUCCUGUGGAGUUGAUCAAGGCACUGAAAAACGGAGGCGCUCACUUGGACUUCAGGGCCAAAGACGGCAUGACCGCCCUCCACAAAGCUGCCAGGUCUAAGAACCAGAUUGCACUCACGACCCUGCUGGAGCUGGGAGCUUCUCCAGACUACAAGGACAGCCGUGGGCUGACUCCUCUGUACCACAGCAUGGUGGUGGGAGGAGACCCGGGCUGCUGUGAGCUCCUGCUCCACCACCAGGCCUCCGUCUGCUGCCAGGACGAGAACGGCUGGCAUGAGGUUCACCAGGCUUGCCGUCACGGCCACGUGCAGCACCUGGAACAUCUACUGUUCUACGGAGCAGACAUGAGUGCCCAGAAUGCCUCGGGAAACACUGCUCUACACAUCUGUGCCCUAUACAACCAGGAUAACUGUGCCAGAGUGCUGCUUGUUCGUGGAGCUGACAAAGACGUGAAGAACUACAACAGCCAGAGUCCAUUUCAGGUCGCCAUUAUCGCUGGCAACUUUGAGCUCGCUGAGCUCAUCAAGAACCACAAAGAGACAGAUAUAGUGCCUUUCCGUGAGGCUCCAGCCUACUCCAAACGCCGCCGGGGUCCAUCUACUGGCAACAGCAGCGGAAACAGCCGGUCCCCCUCCUCGCUCUCAGCUCCACGGCUCCUCUUGCGCUCCAACAGCGACAACAACCUAACAGUCAGUCAGUACCAGGAGCAGCAGCGCGGGUCUCCUAGCAGCUGGGCCCCCCAUCUGCAGCAGCACCAACUCACCCAGCCCCACACUCACAGGGCCCCCCAGCAGGGCCUCUCGCAGCCUGGCUCCUCAGCAUUACAUCGCAGCCUGUCACCCCAGCUGCUCCAGCAGAUGCCCAGCGGCAGCCCCAAUGGCAACGUGGUGGUCCGGACCAUGGGGAGGGGGGCAAGAAGCCGGUCACCCUCCCUCAGCCGGCUGGGGGAGGAGGCUCGACGGGCUCACUCUUCACAGCGCCAACCCAGUCCCAGCAGUCAUGGUGAGGCAGUGGGCACCAGGAGGAAGCUGUACAGUGCAGUUCCUGGGAGACAUUUUGUGGUGGUCCGUCCUUACACCGCCCAGGCCCAGGGAGAGAUCAACCUCUACAAGAACGACAGGGUCAAAGUUCUGAGCAUCGGAGAGGGGGGUUUCUGGGAGGGCAGCACCCGCGGCCAGGUGGGCUGGUUUCCAGCCGACUGUGUGGAGGAGAUCCCGGCCAAGGCCGCCGAGGAGAGGAGCUAUUCCCGAGCAGACCGUGCUGACAGACGGAAGCUUUUCCGACACUACACUGUGGGCUCCUACGACAGCUUUGAUGCCUCCAGUGACUGCGUGGUGGACGAGAAGACGGUGGUGCUCCAGAAGAAGGAGAAUGAGGGAUUUGGCUUCGUCCUGCGGGGAGCAAAAGCGGAUACGCCCAUUGAGGAGUUUACUCCCACGCCUGCCUUCCCCGCCCUGCAGUACCUGGAGUCGGUGGAUGAGGGAGGAGUGGCAUGGCAGGCGGGACUCAGAACGGGGGACUUCCUCAUUGAAGUAAACCAGCAGAAUGUGGUGAAGGUGGGUCACAGACAGGUGGUCAACAUGAUCCGCCAGGGAGGCAACCGGCUCCUGAUCAAGGUGGUGACCGUGAGUCGGAACCUGGACCCUGAGGACACAGCACGCAAAAAAGCUCCUCCACCACCAAAGAGAGCCCCCACCACGGCCCUGUCUAUGCGCUCCAAGUCGAUGACCUCUGAACUGGAGGAGCUCGUGGAUAAAGCCACUCUGAGGAAAAAGAAAGUUGACAGAGUUGAAGAGAUGACGCACGCCCAGAAGUCCUCGCCUGUUGAUAUGAAGAUCGCCACAAUCAAACCACGUCCAUCUAGUCGCUGCUUGGUUACACCAACAGAUAUGAACUCCAUGUAUCAUGACCGCCAGGGAGUAGCAGUGGUGCCACCCACUGUGCCUGGUGCCUUCCUGGGGAUCCCUGAGAAGGGCACUAUGAAAAAGCAAAAGUCAAUAGGUACAACGGAGGAUGAGAAACAGGGAUUCCUCACACCUCCCCUGCUGAAGUUCUCCCGCAGCCUCUCAAUGCCCGACACCUCAGAGGACAUCCCUCCUCCCCCAGCCAUUUCACCCCCUUCACCACCUGCCAACAACUCAGCUGCUGGGCCUGCACCCAAGAACUAUGGCACCACACGACCCAGCUUCACCCAGAACUCUCCUAAUGCAGUGACAACCAUCAGCCGAACCGAUGUUGGGACGUUAAGGCGCGGCUAUUUCCGCCAGAGCUCAGAGCAGUUUGAGAGCACACACACUCGAGGGCGCACACCAGUUCCCGAGAACCCUUACUCCGAGGUGGGCAAUAAGACACUGUAUGUGCCAGCGAAACCAGCUCGAAGGAAGGGAAUGCUGGUAAAGCAGUCAAAUGUUGAGGACAGUCCUGAGAAAACAUGUCACAUGCCAUCAAGCCCCUCAGGCCCGGUUUCUAUGCCUACUACGCCUGUAGAGCGAACAUGCUCCUCCAUCCCCAUCCCCACCAUCAUCGUCAAGGAGCCCUCCACCAGCAGCAGUGGAAAGAGCAGCCAGGGUAGCAGUAUGGAGAUCGAGCCCACCACCCCUGAACACCCACCUCUCACAGCCACUGUCGGUGGAAGUGGAGGUUUACGUCCAGAAGACCCCCUGUCUCUAAGCAACCCUUUUGCGGCAGCUAUUGCUGGGGCAGUACGAGACCGGGAGAAGAGGCUAGAGGCGAAAAAGAACUCAAUUGUCUUUCAGUCAAUAGACAUUGGGGAUGAUGAUCUGAGUGGUCCCACACCAACCCCUCGCCUUCGCCAGUCAAAGUCCAUUGAUGAAGGCAUGUUCAGUAGCGACGAGCGGCUUCAAAGGAUAUUGGCUCCCCCUCCUGCAGCACAGCUUGGGCCCCCUGUUGGGGGAGGGAGUGGCAACAUGACAGAUUUCAACACUCCAGAGCCCACAGUGGGGCGGGAGCCUCUAAACACCAGAACAGGUCAGUGUCCCAAUCUGGACAGUCCUGUUAGUCUCCCAGCCACUCCUCCUAAGAGCCACUACAGAGCCAAUGGGACCUACCUCCAUCCAGUCACUGGCAAGCCCUUGGGCCCUAAUUCUCCACUAGCUCUGGCGCUAGCAGCUCGUGACCGAGCCAUGAAGGAACAACAGAACCAUCCUCAGAAUCAGCCACCAAAUCCUCCUCAGGUUCAGCAAUCCCCCAAGCAUGAACCCCAGUCCCUUCCAGUCCAACCAAGCCACAAACCAGACCUCAACCAACCGCUGUUUAUUGACACCAAACUACGGUCUGGGAUUGAGACAAGUUUUGCUGCAAUAUCCACAGUGACCAUGGGGCGGCCUGGCCGAGGUGGCCUGCGGAGGCAGAUGACAGAGCAGAAGUAUGAGUCUGAUGGUGCACGGGAGGAACGGCAGCAUCAGACAGUUGAGGAGAGGAAAAGUGCGCCACCCGAUGUGACCGACACAUCACAGUCGAAGUCAGCUGGGCUGUUGAUGGUCCACACCAGCACAGACCCAAGCAACAAGCUGAACAGUCAAGACAUGGAGGGGCAGGACAGCAAUAGGCCUUCUGAGCUGAAGGAUCCCAACCAACCCGAGCCACUUAACGCUCCAACACUCUCUGUCAAUCCCCAGCCACCCUCAUCACGGAGGAGGAGCGUUCCUUUAGGCGAAUCCUUGGAAGAACCAGUAAAGCUGCCUUUUCGUAUCCCCCCACCCCCUCUGGCCUCAGUUGAUGUGGAUGAGGAAUUUGAGUUCUCCGAGCCCCUCCCCCCACCGCUGGAGUUUGCCAACAGCAUUGAUGUACCUGAUGACCAGGCUAGCGCCAUUGCAGAGAUGCUUCAGCAGCAGAGACGGAAUGGGGGACCUCUUCUGCCCCCAUACCACCAUCACGCCCCACCGCCUGUUACUGAUCAGCACAAACGGGUGGCAAACAGCAUGCCCCCUUCAUAUCCUCAUCCUCCCCCUGACCCAGAUUCAGGGGUGGGUGACUCGGGCAUCGAAGAGGUAGACAGUCGCAGUAGCGGGGAUCCUCAGCACAUGGAGACCACCAGCACCGUUUCCAGCAUCUCCACCCUGUCGUCAGAGGGAGGCUUCUGCGACAGCGCUCUGGAGAGCCUCUAUGCCACUGCAGAUGGGCACGCCUUCCUGGUGGAUCGGCCCCCUGUCCCACCCAAACCCAAAGGCAAGUCUGUCAUCAACAGAACAUCUCUUUAUCAUGACACUCUCAUUGAAGAGCCCCCUGAGUCCUAUGGGUCACUGCCCCAGGCCCCUAUCCCUCCCCCUUCACCCUCGGAACCUCCUAGGACUCCUACUCAAAGGACAUCCAAGCUAUGGGGUGAUCAGCCCCCUGAGCUGCGCAGCCCCCCAUCCACACCAGACAGCAAGAACACUGUUAUCACUGAGCUCAGCUCUAUUCUGCAGCAAAUGAAUCGACCGCCCAAGUCAGGAGAAAGCCUCGACUCCCCCACCGGGACCAGGGGGGCCUUCGGAGCAAGGCCUCCCACAGACGACUCAGGAAUGCGUAACAAUGCUACUGCCCUCACCUCCACCCCGCCCAGCAGCCUCCCAUCCCAGGCGCACCCCUGCAGCCCACCAGACUCCACCUCCUCUCUCACCCCCUGUUCCUCACUGCCGCCCUCUGUGUCGCCCACCCUCACCGAUGUCUUCGGGCUGCCCACCCCGCCUAUGGGCAGCGGUGGUGGCUAUAGCCUGAGCUCCUCCUGCGGCGGCAGUGGGAGCUCACGCUCUCCAUCACCGCUCACACUGAUGCAGGCGGUGGCGGCCUCAGGCAAACCUUUUGCCUCCAAACCAAUGGAGCUGUGGACCAAGCACGAUGUGGCGGACUGGCUAGAGAGCCUCAACCUGGGGGAGCACAGGGAUGCUUUCCUGGACAAUGAGAUCGAGGGUGCCCACUUGCCCUCGCUGCAAAAAGAAGACCUGAUAGACCUGGGUGUGACGAGGGUGGGCCACCGCAUGAACAUCGAGAGGGCGCUCAAGCUGCUGCAGGACAGAUAGGCCCCAAAGAGACGGGGUGGCAACACGUGGAAUCAGGGCGGCGAGAGGGAGGUGUCACUGAUCACUUUGACCAAUCUCUUCAUCAGACAUAAUCUCAAGUUGUGGAACUGGGUAGAAGUUUCAUCCAAGCUGAUGCUGCCUCUUGAUGUUUUGUCCUCUCUCAUCCUCUGCUGUUGUCCUCACCUCUGUUCUGCUCUUGCCUGCCCUCUUCCUCCGCCCCGCUGUCUGGAGGAAGUGCAGGGGGACACAAAAGAGAUUAGCUGCUAUGUCACAUCAUGGAGAGAGAAAGCAGACGAGGCCAGUAUGAAACACUGUCCAGAAAAUGAAAAACUCUGGAAAAGUUUGUCUUCACACACUAGAGGUUUGUUUCACAUAAAGACUUGUGCUCACCCAGCUGCUUUGGAAUACUAAAGACUUUGUCCAUGCACCCCGAAGUGGGUGUAUGAAGAACCAGCUGAGCUGGUCGUUGCUCCUUUUCUAUCUUUGCUAGAGUUUGUUCAGAGAAUAAUAUUUCUUCACUAGAGUCCUACCGGAGUUAUAUUUCUGGGUGCAUCUAAGGUUGUAGAGAAAAAUUUGAAAUAGAUGCCAUUCUUCUUUUUUUUUUUUGCUUUUCAUCUGUUCGUGUCAAAAUAAGAUUAGCAGACAUGUUUAAACGAAUACUAAACCACAUCUUGUGUCCAUGCACACACAAACACACACUGUAUGCAUACAGAGUGUCACACACUGCACACAAAUACACACCGUCUUCACAAACAUACAGACCCUGAGCAUGUGUGCACACACUGUUACUGCGAUGGCCUUCUUCUCCUGAGAGAGAGCAAAGUGUGGAGAGAGGAAGUCACUAGAGGAGGAGCUCUGCUGCAGCAGGGGCCCCAGGGCCCCUCUCCAGUCUGCACCAACCCAGUGUCCACCUCAUUAUUCAAGGACACCGGAGGCGAGGACAGAAGGUGCAUGACAAACGUUGGACCAGAAAUAAUCUCACCUUGAAAUGGUUGUACCAACUUGUGUGGCUGCAAAGGACGUCCCUGUCCUCUCUCAGUUUUUUUUCUUCUUCUUCUGUGUGUGUGUGUGUGUGUGUGCGUGUGUGUGUGUGUGUGUGUUUUAAUGGUUGACCCAAAAUAUCGUUAAGGCCAUUUAGCUAUUUCCGUGGAUUUGCUACAUAGGCCACAGUAUAGGGAAACUAGAGCUGUUCUUUUGUACAUCUCUCUGUCAGGUCUUCUUCCACUUCACAGUUUGCAGGUCAACACGAGGCGUAGGUGGCCCCACAGCAACGCUAAUGUGUGACACCCUGUGUGUGAGAGCAUCAGAAGGCUGGCUUAAAGGAAGAAUACAACAUUUUAGGAAAUGUGCUAAUUAGUAACACCGCUCUCAUGUCUGUCUGUUAGACACAGGACUGAAGUGCAGCUGGGUGUCCAUGUUCUGUUCCAGAAAAUCUCAUUCAGAAUAACAAAAAGCUGGCUUUCCAUCCAUCUGGUUUUAAGGCAUAUUUUCAACUGGCUUAAAAAAAAUAAAGUAGAAAAGCUGGAAUUUGCAGAAAAAUUGAAAUUUCCCAAACAAAUUUGGCACUCGGCUGAGGUGGAGAAGUUGACAUCCAGAAUACAAAGUGCUGCAGUGUACCAGUUUGUCAUGAACCAUGGAGGGUGAACCAGGAAUGUGUUUUCAGAAGGAUGAAAGUUGCUCAGUGACAGUUACAGAAACUAGCAGCACAGACUUCAGGACGUAAAGCCAGUAGACAGUUAGCUUAGCUUAGCAUAAAGACCAGGAGCGGGGAGAAUCCAAAACCUUUGGACAAAGACUGCACCCAGUGUUCAUGCUAAUCUAAAAAUGUCAUGGAUCAAGCUUCAUAACAGGCAGACAUGAAAGUGAUGUUUAUCUUCUCAACUGCUCAAACUUUCACUAAGAAAGCAAUUAAGCAGAUUUCUCUAAACUUUUUAAGACUGUCAUUUGAUAGCACUAUACUUAAUUUUUAUAUAGUGUUAUAUAGUGUGCUUUUGGAGCCCCCCCCCCCCCCCCCCGCCCUUUUUUUUUACAUAAGAUAUGAGAAGUGUAAUCUUGAAGAACUAAAACUCAAAGGUUGACAUUUAAAGAGCUAAAACUCAAGUUUUACGAGAGAUACUGCAUAUUUUCUAUUUAGCUAAUUAGCUACCUGAACAUUUUGUACAUUGUGGUUUGCUAAUGAAAAAACGAUUCAGCAAGAGUUUUGUUAGCAUCAUGCUAAAGUUAUCAGAUGCAAACAAUCCAAAACUGGUGCAGCUGUUUAAAAGUACUUUGCUGUGGUAUAGAACAGACAGAGUCUGGUUCAGACUGAAAUGGCCUUCAGCGGUGUGGUAUCUUCCUGUAAAGAAGGCUGGAGACACAACACUGCGCUAACAAAGCUGACGACACCGGCCACUCAUAAAUAAUUAGUCCAUUUGUCUUUCAAGAGCUUACUGUAUCAAUGUACGUAUCAGCCGGUUGAUUUUGGCCAGAUGACAUGAAAUCCUGCAUAACCAUCUGAGGUUUUGAGCAAAUGCGAAAACUGUGGCUUCAGGGUUUUAUGUUGAAUCACGUGUUGACAGACGUGCACAUGCCUUUGCCUGCACUCCAGCCACUGUACAAGAAAUAAGCAGAGAGUAAUCUGACAAAGCCGGCAGAUGUCCGUCAGCCCUGUGUGAGAUUAGAAAGGAAGAGAAACCUUUUCUGAUCUGUUGCAGAUGAACGUCAGUCUGUAUAACUACAAGACUUUAAGCUUCUCCAGCAGGAUUUAACGUCUGUUGUAAGGGUCCAAUUUAAAACUAAAUCAGCAUUUAUAAAGAUGGAAGUUGAUGUUUUUACCAGCAGUGAUUACAGGCUGGUCAGAAGUAGAAGUGCAGUAUGUGUUGAAAUAUGUACAUAAGAGUGUUUAACAGGAUGAAAAUGUCUAUUUGAUUAUAUGUGAAGCUCCUUUAAAAGAUUUAGAGAGAAAAAAGAAAUUCUAUGAAGGUUCAUUUACAGUUGGCAGAGCUGACCUGACGACCAAAGCAGUGUGCUCACUGCCCCGUCAUCCUGCAGAGGACGCCUUAAUCUGCCCACUGCUCCGCCCUCCACCGCCUGCAAAGCUUUAUAGAGAGAAACAGCUUCUGUUUUAUCUCAGCGUCCAAUCUUUCAGAGCACACCUCAUGUGCUGGGACAUGCGCUCCAACAUUAACCCAAUAUCUGGAGAGAUAUAUCUGUUUAGAAAGAGUUGGUCCUUCUUUGGUUUCAUGUGACACUCUGCAGCUUCAUGUAGGUGCAGCUUUGUGAGGAGACAGUGAAACAUACACAAGCUCUGUGUUCUGUGAACAUUAGCCGUACGCAGGCUGGAACGGGACGGCACAGCUACGAGCCCGUUCCUGUUUGAACUGUAACUUAUUUUGAAACAAGCAGUGACGUAUCGGAGGGGUCAAAAAGCACAGUAUUUUUAAAGAUUUGUAUAGAGUUCUAUGACAUUUUAUAAAGGUUAUCUGAACAAAAACUGUUCAUCAUUGACGUGUGGAUUGCCAAAAAGAGAAAUACUAUAUAGAGACAAAUGUGGAUGUUAUUAGACUUAUGAGUUGUGUAAGAAGCAAUAUUUAUUCUGAAUGAAACUCCUUGGUUGUGUUUUAUUUUCCCAUUUUAAAGUUACAUAUCAUUCUGCGAUCACGUCAGUAUCUUAAUGAAGUGUUGCCUACAGUAGUUACACUCUCCACUGCAGUAGUAGACUUGAGCUAUUUUGGCCAAUCAAAAACCCAGGUGUUUUCUGACCCCACCAUUUUCUCAGCUUCUGAAAUCCCUGAGUCUACAGUGUGUGUGUGUAAAACAGCAAAAUGUGUACAUUUUUGAAAAAUAUAUCUGCAGGCCAUCUUUGGUAGGAAACUAUAUGAAAUCUCUAUAUAUAUAUGUAAACAUGCAUAAAUCCACCAAAAAGAUUAGUGGUGGCUGCUGGCUCCUGUGUGAGGACCAACAGGCCACUCUCAGUUUUCUCUGUGGAAACGUAGACCUGAGUAGGUGUAGUAGGAGUCUUUAAAGCAUCACCGUGGCGUGAUGCUGCACCGGGCCAUGUUUAGGACAGGCAUGGCUCACUGACCCACUUCCACUCCCCCUCAAAACACUGCUCCCACUUAGCAUUGUCCAACAUUUGGGUAACUCUUUUAUUUUUUUUUUCUUUCUUAAU